CCCCGAACCGGCUCCGGCUCCGGCCUCCAUUCCACUUCUGACUCAACCAGCAAGUGAGAGAGAAGGAAGCCGAACAGGUGUCCACCUCAAAUCCGGCCGAUAAAGCCAAACCUAUCUCUCGUGGAGCACUGGAAACCAUCAACGCCCGCCAAUGUCUCUAAGUAACUCGACCCCAUUGGAGGCGGCCCAAGCCGCCAAGGAGGCAUCUCAUGUGCUGGCAGUGCUUCCCACAUCCGCGCGCAACGAUGCCUUGACGGCCGUUCACUCUGCACUAGACGCGGCAAGGGACGAGAUCCUAGCCGCAAAUGCCAGGGAUCUGGAGGCGGCUCGGCAAGCCGCCGCUGACGGCUACUUGUCGCAGAGCCUGGUGUCUCGCCUUGACCUGGGCCGGAAGGGGAAGUGGGAGGACAUGCUCAGAGGCAUCUUGGACGUACGGGACUUGGAAGAUCCGGUUGGUAAGGUCACGCUGCGGACCAAGCUGGAUGAUGGCCUCGAGCUGGAGCGGGUAACCUGCCCCAUCGGCGUGCUGCUGAUCAUCUUCGAGGCCCGGCCCGAAGUCAUCGCCAACAUCGCGUCGCUCGCCAUCAAGUCGGGCAACGCGGCGAUCCUGAAGGGCGGCAAGGAGUCGACCGAGUCCUUCAUCGCCAUCUCCACCAUCAUCUCGGCGGCGCUGGAGAAGACCCUGGUCCCUAAUGCGGCCAUCCAGCUGGUCACGACGCGCGACGUCAUCCCGGAGCUCCUGGCCCUCGACCAGCACAUCGACCUCGCCAUCCCCCGCGGCUCCAACGAGCUCGUGCGCUACAUCAAGUCCAACACAAAGAUCCCCGUGCUGGGCCACGCCGACGGGCUCUGCCACGUCUACCUCGAGCAGUCCGCCGACCCGGCCAUGGCCGCCGACGUCCUCGUCGACUCCAAGACCAGCUACCCGGCGGCGUGCAACAGCGUCGAGACCCUCCUCGUGCAGUCCUCGGCGCUGGAGACGGUCCUCCCCGUCGCGGCCAAGGCGCUCGUGGCCGCGGGCGUCGAGCUGCGCUGCGACGAGCGGUCCGCGGCGGCGCUGCGCGCGACCCUCCCCGCCGACCACCUCGCGGCCGUCGUGGACGCGCGGCCCGUCGACUUCGACUCGGAGCACCUGUCGCUGGUCCUGGGGGUCAAGACGGUCGACUCGGCCGAGGAGGCGAUCCGGCACGUCAACGCGCACGGCUCGCACCACACCGACGUGGUCCUGACCUCGUCGCCCGAGCUGGCCGAGCGCUUCAUGUCCGCCGUCGACUCGGCGGGGGUCUUCUGGAACGCGUCCACGCGCAUGGCCGACGGCAUGCGCUACGGCUUCGGCACCGAGGUCGGCAUCAGCACCAACAAGAUCCACGCCCGCGGGCCCGUCGGCCUCGAGGGUCUGAUGAUUUACAAGUACAAGAUCCGCGGCGCGGGGCACGUCACGGCCGUCUACGGAGAGGGGGAGGGCAAGAAGAGGUUCAAGCACGAGAGGAUGCCACUCUGAGAGAGGCAUCCGGGGUUGACUCCGGGGUGAGUCUACAGAUGGCCAUUGUUGCGGACACGCAUCCCUCUCACUGGGCUAUAGCAUGGCGUAUCGGUCAGAGUUUCGGGGGGAGGGGAGCUUCUCAAAAGUGAUUUUGCGUGUUGGUUCGUCAACCGGUCAAGAAUAGAUCCCGUUCAGAACAGGAUCGUAUUCGACUGUGAUAUCGAUGGCUGAUCAGAUCUAUGGCUUGAUGUGAUUUUAAGGAAUGUCCGUGAUACUGAUUAGGUUCAUGAAGCCUAGCCAUAGUCUAGUAGCAUACUCACACCCUGGCCCCCAUAGCAGAAAGGAGGUAUCCCAAACUCAAACCGAGGCUAUGAGUAGAGUCAUCUUGCCAUUAGGUCGUCAAGCUGGCUACAGACACUAGACUUCCUAUCAGAUGAAUAAAUUCGACAUAACA